GUUCUUCUGGCGGAGCAGCAUCAGCUGUUCUCCAGUAUGGGUUUGAGCCCGAGAUAAUGUUCUAACGAUGUCUCCAAAUAGAAUUUGGGCCAGCAUAUAAAUUUGUUAGAAUUGCCUUUUAAAAUAAUAUAAAAUGCUUUAACCUUAUAGUCAAAAUAUUUUAUGUUAAAUUAAUAUUUCUUAACGGCUGACUUAAUUAGCAAAGACACUCACCCACUAGAGUUGCCGAUGGCCGAAGCAGGGAAACAUCGAAAGUCUGCCGAAGCAAUCGAUGAGCGAGAAAAAUAAAUAGUCACACCUCUAGCCCCGAACAGCUGUUUGCAAACAAAAUAUUGGCGUUCUAAUUAGUUAUUACCCGAUAUUAGUUAAUUAAUGGACUGCUGCGGCAACGAAGUGCGCAGCGAGAGUAUCUACAACAUGCUGCAGGCCCUGGUGGACUCGAAGGUGGUCAACGUGCAGCUUCUGUCGAUUGCCGUGGGCAUUUUCUUCGUGGUUCUGCUGCUGAAAAACAAUUUCCGCAGCUUUUCUGGCACGUAGAUGGAUCUAAUUUAGUUUUUAAUCUAUCUCAUAAUGUAAUGUACGCUAAGGACUAAUAAUAACUACUUCAAGCCAC